GGUCGUCAACAGGUUCGGGUACGGACACGGACACUGACGGACGGAUGGAGGCGCUGCCCGAGGAUCAGGAUGCGCCGCUGCCCGACCAGCUGGAGGUACCUGCCACCUGCGCCCCGUGGCCCGCGAGCUGCUGACGACGCCGAGGCAGCAGUACAACCGCAUCGACAAGUUCUGGUUGUCAGCGGCAACGAUCCUCCGCAGGUCACGGCCAACGGUCUGUCCGAGGACAACGGCCUCGAGGCCCCAGAGCCCAAGAAGCCGCGCAUUGAGGAAGCCGAGGAGAAGCUGGACACGGAGACUGCCGUCAAGGAGCAAAAUGGCGACCACGUCGAUGACAAGAAAGACGAGAAAGAACCUGCCAAAGAACCUGUAGAUGAUGGUGAGAUGAACGAGGAAGCCUCCGAGCCAGAGGCUUAACAUCAGGUUGAAACCGAGACUGCCGAAGCUCCGAAGGAAGCUGCGGAAGAACCGGAAAUCGCAAAGGAGUCUGAAACACCGCCAGCUGAAGCUGUGGAGGAAGCUGAGAAGCAAGAAGAGCCUGAGGCUGUGUCUGAAGACCAAGAGAUGCCUUUGUUGGAAAAAGAGGCGCCGUUGGCCUCUCCCGAGAAGGAUUUGAGUGACGAAGAGGUUUCGGAAGCACUCCAAACUAAGGACGUGCCAAUGCCAAUGGAGGAGCAGAGCCGAGUUGCAUUUACUCGCGUGAACAAUUAUCUGAUACUUAAUUUAUUUUCUGAUGCCGCUCUCAACUGAGCCUCUGUUAACUCUCACAAACCGUCGAAUUUUGCAGAAGAAUGACACGUAACGGUGGUUGGCAAUGACACCCCGUAAUUUUAGUUUCUCAGUGCUUAUGCGCUACGCUGCGAAAUAUUUAUUUUUAUCUCACCUGUAUUCUAAUAAAGAGACAGCUGCUCACA